AUGGAGCAGAUAUUUCUCCCCUUCUCUUCUCGCUGCUCGCUUCACUCUCCAUAUCACUUGUCUCUGCGCUCUCUCUCGUCUCUAGUCCGCACAGCCGCCGCCGACGAUUGUCUAGUCUGCACAGCCGCCCCCAUCACCGCCAAUGCUCUUCUCUCUCUUCCUCAUUCUUCGUUGCUGAUCUUAUCCUUCCUCCUCUUUCUAUUUGAUGUCGGUGUUCCUUCGAGCUCUCCUCCUCCUGAUUUUCUUCUCUCUCUAUGCUGCUCUCAACGCCGGCACCCUGAAUUCCGCUGCUGCUUCCACUUCCCUUCCUCUGCCGCUAGCUUCUUCUCUCACAGCCUUGCGAUCGCAAAAGAAGGUGAACUCACAAUAGGCACCAUUGAUGAUAUUCAAAAGCUUCAUAUUCGAUUUAUUCCUCUGGGAGAACAUGCUCGGCGUAUCUGCCACCAGGAACAAGCAAUUGCUGAACUCAACCAAGUGAAGGCUGAAAGCAACCAUGAUAUGAAGAAAUCAUUAACUUGGUGGGAUCUUACUUGGUUCGGUAUUGGUGUUGUCAUUGGUGCUGGUAUCUUUGUACUUACUGGUCAAGAGGCUAAUCAAGAUGCUGGUCCUGUUGUUAUUUUAUAUUUUGCUGUUUCCGGUGUCUCUGCUAUGCUCUCUGUUUUAUGUUACACCGAGUUUGCUGUUGAGAUCCCUGUUGCAGGUUUUCAAAACUCCAAGGGAGGGGCCCUUUACCAAAAAGGAGUUGGAUGAAGUUCGAGACAAGUGGGCUACUUACUUCAACGAUUGUGAACUACCCUCAGUGUAAUAAAUGGAGAAGGCUUGUAGUUAUUCGUGACUCUUAUAUUAUUUUGUUAUUUAUCGAUUUAAUUAAUUACAUUUGAAUUAAUUUGGUAAUAUUAUUGGACAUUUGAAAUUUAUAUCAUUUUUGAGAAUGUCAAGCUGA